AACGGAAAAGUCGAGUGGAGCAGCGGGCCAGUCAAUCAGGGGCUCCGCUUGUAAAGCUGUUUAAAGGGCCAGCUAGGAGCCCCGGGACGUGUUGCCGAGUGGUCUCAGCGCUGUUGGAGCGGUUUGUUUGUGGAGUUGAACUGUGGGUUCAAUCUUUGUUUCCAAGUACCAAUAAUGCACGAGGAGGUUCCUGCUUCGAACCCCUUGAGGACGUUGCAAUGCUUCCAUUCUGCCAGUGUAAGCUGAACCGGCCAGUGGCAGCCAGCCCCUUGUUGAGUUGUGCAGCUUGUAACACAGAGAGCAUAUACUUUGGGACGCCCAGGCUCGCAUACUGCCCAGCCUGGACUACACCAGCCCGCAAUCGCAGGGAGCUGGACCCGAUUUUCCACUCGCUGGUGCUAAUCAGGAGUGACUCCACUGAAUUCAGACUGGUGUAAACCUAAUUUCCAGAGGGAAAUCAGUCCCGCUCUAUCCUGCCGCGAAAUAGGGAUUGCUUCACUCCCCUCUGUCAUAUUACAGAGUGUCACUUGUGUGUGCUGUAUGCUACCCCUGCUUGUGUCUUGUUAGCUCAGGAGAGGUUUGGAGCAGCACAAACUCUGUGAUGGUUUUUAGAGAACAAGGGAGACUGGGUUUGGGAACAGCCCUAGCUCCAAGCAGUUUAGAGAGUGCGCAAGGGAAUGAGAAAGGUGCAGUGAUGUGCGAGGAUCAUGACAGAGGCUGAUUAUUACGGUGGAGAGAGUGAAAGCAUCCAGAUUAUGGUCACAAGAGCCUGCACAACAACCGAUGAUGUGCAGCAAUCUAAUAUUUAGUUAAUUAUUUCUGAUUGCACUAUUCUGUCUUUGAGAGAGAGACUAUGAUAUAUAUACUCAAGUCACCCAAAGUAACUGAAGUAGGUGCCCAUUCAUUCCUCCUGUCCUUUGUACAAGAAGCCAGUUUAUUUCCCCGUACCUAUUUAAGGAUGAAAACCUCCUAUUAAGAUCCACUGUUUCCCCGACGGCUGAUCUAAUGGGCUGUCGCUGUUUUAUUCCAGGGUCGAGUGGUGCCCUUACCCCAGCACCUUCCCCACUGAUAAACAACGGGAGAAACCGGGUGGAAUAAGCUCGUGUCUCCAGCCUGUGACACGUACUGGUUUGUUCUCACUGAAGUGAAGGCAGGCAACGAGCUGCCCUCGGCUCAGGCACAGAAAUAUUGCACAGCUGUGUGGAAAUGCCUCACCUAACAUAGCCAGUGGGUUCACUGUGCUCUCUCAGCUCUCCUUCCUUUAAGAUUUUUUUAAAACCAUGUGGUAGCCAUGGUGGUAAGGGGGGGGGAGGAGGGUGUUUUCCAGAAUGCGGGGGGAUCCGGCCCUUCAGGUUGGGGGCAGGCUGCACUUGCCAUCGAUUUCCCAGGCGGUGGCAGCUGGGCAGAGGUGCGCCUGGAAGGGUGGGAGAGCCCCGCGUCCCCUUUAAGGCUGGCCUCUCGGCUGCGCUCUCCCUCCCCGGUCCCGCCUCCCGGAGCAUGACACGCCGCUCCGAUGGCGAAGCCCCUUUUUAAUUGAGGCUGUCAGGCGGCAGAGCCAGCCCGCGAGGGUAGGAAGCGAAUCGACCGCGGCGGUAGCGUCUUUCAGGCUGGAGCGGUAGCGGCCACGCUGCCAGAGGGCGAGGGCAGCCCCGCAAUCCGCAGCGAGCGUCCACCUCCCCGGGCGGGGGCAGGCGCCGGGCGAUCCCCCUCUCGCCGCUUCUGCAAGUGGAAGGCGGCAUCUCUGCUUCAGCAGGCUCCCCCGGAGGGAGGCGAGCGGGUCUGGCAGCCCUGGGAUCGCUCUCGCCUCCCCUGCCUGCCCCUCUGGCGCCCGCUGCCUGCGGCUCGGUGGUGCACUGGGAGUGGACCGGGGGAGGGAAGGGGGCCUUUCCCUUGCGGCAGCGGCGGCCCGUGGGCUCCCUUCCUCGGACCCGGGGGGCGCCCCCUGUCCUCCGAGCCUCAUGAAAAAUCACCUGUGGGGCAGCUCCCCCCGGGCUCCCAUGGCGGCGGCGGUGCCGUGGAAGAGCGUGGAGUGGCUGCAGGAGGAGCUGGAGUCCGGCGGGGGCAGCUCGCUGCUGCUGCUCGACUGCCGCCCCCACGAGCUCUUCGAGUCCUCGCACAUCGAGACGGCCAUCAACCUGGCCAUCCCGGGCCUCAUGCUGCGCCGCCUCAAGAAGGGCAACCUGCCCAUCCGCUCCAUCAUCCCCAACCACGAGGACAAGGAGCGCUUCGCCAAGCGCUGCAAGGCGGACACCGUGCUGCUCUAUGACGAGGCCACGGCCGAGUGGCAGCAGGACAACGGCGCCCCCAGCUCUGUCCUGGGGCUGCUGCUGCAGAAGCUGCGGGACGAUGGGUGCAAGGCGUAUUACCUGAAAGGUGGCUUUAACAAAUUUCAGACCGAAUAUUCUGAGCAUUGUGAGACCAACCUUGACAGCUCCUCACCCAGCAAUUCUCCUCCUGCAUCUGUCCUUGGCCUUGGAGGACUAAGGAUCAGCUCCGAUUGUUCUGACGGCGAGUCUGACAGGGAGCCAAGCAGUGCCACAGAGUCGGAUGGGAGCCCAAUCCCUAACAACCAGCCUGCCUUCCCUGUCCAGAUCCUACCCUACCUGUAUCUGGGUUGUGCCAAAGAUUCUACCAACCUAGAUGUCUUGGGCAAAUACGGCAUCAAGUACAUCUUAAAUGUGACUCCCAACCUGCCAAACAUGUUCGAGCACAACGGAGAGUUUAAAUACAAACAGAUUCCCAUCUCGGAUCACUGGAGCCAGAAUCUCUCUCAGUUCUUUCCUGAGGCCAUCGCUUUCAUUGAUGAGGCCCGUACCAAGAAAUGUGGUAUCCUGGUUCACUGCCUCGCCGGCAUCAGCAGGUCUGUAACAGUAACCGUUGCCUACUUGAUGCAAAAAAUGAACUUGUCCCUGAAUGACGCCUAUGACUUUGUGAAAAGGAAAAAGUCGAAUAUCUCCCCGAACUUCAACUUCAUGGGCCAGCUCCUGGACUUUGAGAGGACUCUGGGGCUCAACAGCCCAUGUGACAACCGCUCCCCCAGUGAGCAAUUGUACUUCACCACCCCCACCAAUCACAACCUGUUCCAGCUGAACACCUUGGAGUCCACAUGAAGGGGACGUUGUUUGGUUGGGAACUCGAGCCUUGAAUAGCUUCUCUUGAGCAUUUCAAAUAUUAAAAAUGUAUGUAUCUUGCCAGGCAGCCUUGAAAGAACUAGUUUCUCCAAGUAGAGGUGUCUGAUCGCUGCUUUAAAAAGGCUAAGGCCAUUUAUUAGUAUCCUGAUGCUAAUCAAAGUGGAUCAAAGAGUAGUCUCUUUACAGGGGUUAUUUAAUAUGGGGGAUCUCGUGGCGUUCUGAGCGCAGCUGUUACCGGCAAUAACUGCUUUCCUGGAUGUGUUGAGACUAGUGAACCGCACACACUCACACAAACCACACGCAAAGCUAUCUGCGUGGUAGGUUGUUGUGGAAAGUAGAGGAGACUUACGCACUUGGCAACCUUGAACAAAGGGCGUUGGCCCAAGACUAUUUUAAAACCCACGUUUACCUUUUUUUUUUAAGAAAAAGGUAAUCUUACCCUCUGAGUCUUGGGCUCCAACUCGUUUUAAAUAUGUAAGUUCCUGACUGUUUGUACAGACGAGGUUGCAAAACCAGUAUUUUAUUCUGUUCUUGUUUGAUCUGUCUUUCUUUUCUUUUUUUCUUUCUUUCUUUUUUUUUUUAAAUCAAAUGUUUAUAUUGACCAAAUGCAUUUUGCACACUUUGUGAAGCCUUGAGACGUCCUGGCAUAUUACUGGGUACACCCUGAGAGAGACACAUGCUGCUGUUGUUGCUAGCAUCUGGUAGGAAGCUUUGUUAUUUGUGAAGGCCAGUUGGUCUUAGCCUCUCUGCCACUUCCACACUCACAAUCACAAACUCUGCACUGAAUCAACCAAGGUGACUAAGCUGCAAGCUUUUUUUUAAAUACCACCCCCAUUACCCCACCACCAAAAAACACUGUCUGCUGUUGCCAGAGGUAAACCUGGUGUAGCCUCCAGAGUUGGUAGAAGCAUGUCUGAGGCUAGCACUCGUUCUCUGCCGUCAGUCGAAUGAUUGGUGUCAUCCAGCUGGCCUGAAAUCAUUCCAGCUUCUGAAGUGAAGAAAGUACUUGUGAUGUUGGCACUUAUCUGGCACACUUAAUUCUUUUAUGUGUGCAGGGGUGGGAAUCGAGUGCUACUGGUACUCCAAAAGACUGGAGCAGAGCAAAGUUUUUACAGCAUGACACUGCUGCGGAGUCAUGUGCAAACCAUGGAAGGGGAGUGGAAAUGUGUGAAAUAAUGACCAGAAUGUUGUAAAAACUGGCAAAUUCCGAGACUUUCAGAGCGUUCAAUGGAGAUUCAAUGGGUUUCCUUUUUUCGAGUAACUUUUUGCCGUGCCUUCUAGAACAAGAAGACUUGUUCAUGUUUCUGGCUAACGUUUGGCAAAGGUUUCAUACGCUGAAGAAGUGGUACUAACAUCUGGGAGGAGGGCAGAAUGGAUCUGGAGGUUUCUUUUACUGGCUGCAAUGUAGUCCUUCCCUUCUCCCCACCUCCUUAUCCACUGGAACUCUCAUGUAACUAAAACGAAAAAAAAAAAAGAGAAAGCCACGGAAUUUUUUUUCUAAAUAUCCAGGUUUUUGUAUUUUUUUUCAAAAAAAAAAAAAAAAGAAGAAAAAAAAAAACCCCCUCCAUAUAGAGGAAAGUUCGAUGCUGUCGUCAUGAUUUUUUUUUUUUUUUUUGGUUGGUUGUCUUCUGUCUUUUUUGUUUUGUAACAAUGUUGGGAUUGUGGGUCAUCAGGGAAGGGAGAAUGGACAUAAGUAUGGCUGAGAGUGAGCGAGCAAAUUGAAAAUAUCCUAAUUGCAUUUUACCUCAUGGAGGAACUUUUUUUUUUUUUUUUUUUUCAGGGAUUUUUAGACAGUGCAUCUGUAUUGCAUUACAGCUAAGCUGGCUUAUAAAGGCUUCCUGUGCUGUAAGUGAUCUGUCUUCUUUAAAGGAAAAAGAUACAUCCUCUGAUUAAUCCAAAUGAGAGCUUGUUAGCGAGGGAUGGUUUUUGCUUUCUGAGUUAUGAAGGUAAAUUAAUGACCCUAUAUAUAUAUACUGAACCAAUAUUGGGACUUUUGUUUAUAUUGCAAAUAAAUAUUAUUUUUUCUUUAAAAA